ACCUGGAAGUGCACCAAUAGCUAGCCUGAGCCGGACGGCGAUGUAUCCGCCUUUAAGGCUCCCCGUCGAAAGGAAGUGAAGUCAGGCAGCCAUGAGCUUCCACUACGGCCAGGGCUAUCCAGGAGGGGGCAACCCACCACCAGGUGCUUCAUAUGGGGUCGGCCGUGGUCCCUAUGGGCCUCCCCACUCAUCUCCAUACGGAGGUGCGGCCGGUCCACCAGGAGGUCCUUAUGGUGGUUAUGGAGCCCCAGGUCAUGGAGGACAAUAUGGGCCUGGACCAGGGGGUGCCCCCAGUGGGCCUUAUGGGGCUUAUGGGGGACAGCCUCAUGGAGGACCUUACGGACACCAUGCUCCUGCAGGUAACAAUCCUCCUGGUGUUAACCCAGAGGCAUACCAGUGGUUCCAGACUGUUGACACGGACCGCAGCGGCUUCAUCAACCUAAAGGAGCUGAAGCAGGCUCUUGUCAACUCGAACUGGUCAGCUUUUAAUGACGAGACCUGCCUCAUGAUGAUCAACAUGUUUGACAAGACGCGGUCAGGUCGAAUGGACCUGUUUGGCUUCUCGGCACUGUGGGACUUCAUGCAGCGAUGGAGAGGGUUGUUUCAGCAGUAUGACAGAGACCGCUCAGGGUGUAUCAGUGGCACAGAGCUACACCAAGCCCUCGCUCAGAUGGGCUACAACCUCAGUCCCCAGUUUUCUGAGACGUUGGUGCAGCGCUUCACCUUGCGAGGCGGGCUACCCGGCAUCCAGCUGGACCGCUUCAUCCAGGUGUGCACCCAGCUCCAGAGCAUGACGCAGGUCUUCAGGCAGAGGGACACGACCAUGACGGGCAACAUCCGCCUCAACUAUGAGGAUUUCCUCUCUGGUGCCAUCACCAGGCUCAUGUGAGCCUCAUGCCACUGACGAUCCCUCUGCAACAUGGAUACGUAGCAUCAUUCCAUGUUCAGGUCAUAUUCUGCUCAGUUUUCAGUGUUCUCCCAUAAGUGCCCCCAUGUGUUGGUAUGUAUGCAGUAUAACGGCCAGGCCACAUCAUUCCAUGGCUUGUUGCUGCAAAUAGAUAAAGUUUAUAAAGUUAUUAUAAAGGUAACUAAAGCCUUUACUGCAUAGCUCAAUUUAAACUAGGGCUUAAAGUUAUACUGUAGGCCCUUCUGAACAGUGAUACUGAUUCCUUGUUGUCAGUGACAGUUAGCCCGUCCCUUGUUUACUAGCACCAGUCUUUGGUUAAAGUUAUGAGUCCUUUAACUUAGAUCCAAGAGGGCAAGUGUAUGAAUAUGUUUAAUUAAAUGAAUGUUAACCGAACAACCCCACUAACAAUAUUUUCCGUCAGGACUGAAUCAAUGUAAAAUUGGACUAACAGACUAACAGUUAACAGAUAGUAAGUAAAAGAAUACGAAAAAUCCAUCAUGGAUAAUUUCUCUGCUCCUACAGUAGAGUACACGCAUUUGUCUGUAUGACAAUAGAUAAUCUGAACUGUGAAUUCAUAUUCUGUGAAUUUACUAACAUGCAGCACUAACAUAGUCCUAUACCAUUAAAACGAUACCCUUUUCAAAUCAUAUAUAUCAGGGGUACUUCCAUGCAAUGGUUGCACAUUGUGUUGAAUAUUGCUUUGUGUUGCAGUGUUUGUAAUUAUGCAAAAAAAAAAAGUGUCACGUUUUAUUACACCAGAAUUAUUCUGAUCUCACAUUGGAGUGGAGUAUUGUUGGUAAAGCUCUCUAACUAAGUGAUUUGGUAGAGUUAAAAAAUACAUUUAUUGUCAUUUUUGCUAAAUUGCUCUCCCAUAAGCCAGUAUCGAUCAUAGAUUAAAAAAAAUAAAUAUAUAUGUUUGGGACCAAAACAUGACCCAAAGCACUGAAAAAAAAAAGAUAGAGUUCUCCAUUAUGUUUGCCACUUUCACCUCAGUGAUUAUGGGGGUAGUACUUUAACAGAUUACAUACUCCACGGAGGUAUAUGUUAUAUUCUGAAAUCACUGAAUAUGCCAAAAUGGUUCUUAAUGCCAGAAACAAAUAAAUGUUUUUGUAUCAGA